CACUUCCUACAGAAAAACCAAACAGGAAAGAAUUUGCAGCUUUGAAAGGGAGGGAGGAACAGAAACAGGGAAGCGAACUCCUCUGGUUUAUCAGAUAAACAAUCUUCACUCUUUUAACACACCAAGCAGAGGCGAUGGGCUCCGUCUCGUAUCUCCUGCGAGGGGCCAAAUGGGGCAGCAUGCUGUCCAAGUGCCUCCCUGUCUUCCUGUGCUGUGUGUACCUGCUGUACCGCACCUCCCACCAGCGGGGGCGCUACCACAAAUUCAUCCUGGCUGGACUGCUGCUCUCCAGUCUAGGAGACGCCUGCCUGAUUUACUCUCAUCUCUUUAUUGUGGUCAUAGGAUCGCAGGCGCCUUGCCGGACAUCCCCCCCCUCCUCAAUGGCUCGCUCUGGAUUUCUCACAGGAAUGGCGUUCUUUGCUGUGGCUCACAUCUCCUAUAUCUGUGCGUUCGGCUGGUCUCCGCUCAAUCCUUUCCCGCUGGCUGUCAUCCUGCCCGUGGAAGGCUUGAUCUUCUUCACCGUUCUACUGCCAGAGCUGCCCGGGCUGCUGGUCUACCUGAUUCCCCUCUACAUACUGCUGCUGGGCACCAUGGUGUGGCGCUCCCUGGUUGUGCCACUGCCCAGGGAUGCGUGGUUGUUUGCUGCCACGGGGGGCGUGUCCUUUAUGGUGUCCGACACGGCCCUGGCUAUUGACAAGUUCUGCACUCCACUGCCCUACGCAGAGGCCGUGAUAAUGGGGACUUACUACCUCGCCCAAAUCCUGCUCACUCUGUCCGCCACCGAUGGGACAGAGCAACACAGGGAGCCCAGAAAGAAAAAACACUAAUGGCCGUUUUUUGGUUAUGUCAAAUAAAAAAUUUCAACAGACAUAAAAGAA